AACAAGUGGGUGGAGCUUUGGUGUAGCUUCGAAGAAUUGUAGAUGAUCGUGGAUAACGUUGAUCCAUUAAUAUUGUUGUUGAUAUAUCGAGUUGGCUGAUGCUUCGCUACCUGAUGCUGGGACUCGUGAAAUUAUAUUGACAAGGAUUUCGGACGCUUGUCAAACGACAUUAUCUUGUCAUCGUGGGCCAUUGAUAUCUCGAUGACGCCCCCUCAUUAACCAGUUGCACGACCAUCAUAAGCAACAGUCAUCCUCGGGCAUGUCAGAAUUGCCUUGACUUUAUUAGGAGUAAUCGGCAGGUGGAACUCCUAGUUAAUUUAUAAGGAUGGCUGAAGAGGCAGAGAAAGUUCGGCGUUAUAGCGAAGAAGUAGAAUCUACAGAGGCCGACGUAGAUGGCAACGAUAUCGAUGAAGAGUCAGAUGGUGUCGUCGUACCUGAACUUCAGGGUAUUCUCUCGAAAUGGACUAACUACAUACACGGGUGGCAAUCACGAUUCAUCGUUCUCAAGAACGGGACUUUGUCCUACUACAAAUCUGAACAGGACAGUGGGUUUGGGUGUCGGGGCUCUAUAAGUCUUUACAAGGCAGAUAUUAAGGGUCAUGAAUUUGAUGAAUGCAGAUUUGAUGUAUCUGUAAAUGACUGUUUGGUGUGGUAUCUAAGAGCUAACAAUCCUGAAGAAAAACAACGUUGGGUAGAUGUGUUGAAGUCGUACAAAGCUGAGUCUGGAUACGGGAGUGAGAAUAGUUUAAAGCGCCAUGGUAGUACUGUUUCGCUUGUAUCGAACACACAAUCGACAGCCAGUGGUGGUAGUUUUAGUAAACGAGGAUUCAGAGUACUAAAGGAAAAGUUGGCUGAAAUAGAAACCUUCAAGGAUAUCUUGGUACAGCAAAUUGAUACAUUGCAAAAGUAUUUUGACAACUGUGCAGAGAAUGCCAAAAAUGGCCCAAAUAAAGUGUAUUAUAUACCAACUUGCACGAACGGCGAUAUUAUUACAGAAAAUAAAAUCGAAACAGCCUUUGAUCCAGCCGAACAGUCCGUGGAUUUCAAAGGCGAAGCGAUCACUUUCAAGGCCACCAGUGAGGGAGUGUUAAUAACAUUACAACAUUGUCUGGAUUUGAUGGCUCAACGUGAAGAUGCAUGGCGUCGUAGAUGGGAGAAAGAAAUAGAAAAAAGGCGAAAAAUCCAAGAAUUAUACAAAUCAUUGAAGGAUCAAAUCGCUAUUCGUCAGGGUGACUCACCAAGGCCAAGAGUUCUCAUACACGGCGGCCCAGACUAUGAGGAAGGUCCGCACAGCGCACUCUGCGAUGAAGAGUUUUACGAUGCGGUGGAAACUGGACUGGACAAAAUCGAUGAGGAUCUUCAGCUGAGGGAUCGUUUGAAACAGAAAUCUGUUUCGUUACCAUCGGGUAUAGCAACUCCAGCGGUUAAGCACAGACUUUGGCCAGAGAUAGAGAAGGUGACGAUGGAGCAACUGCAUUACGCACGUCUUGGAGUCGGUGGCGCCGGCGGUUGGCAACUCUUUGCCGAGGAUGGCGACAUGAGGAUGUACAGACGAGAGGAGGAGGCUGAUGGCCUUGUGGUUGAUCCAUUAAAAGCAUGUCACGUGGUGAAAGGUGUAACGGGUCAUGAAGUCUGCAACAUCUUCUUUAGUCCAGAAUACAGAAGUGGCUGGGAAGCGACCUUGGAGGACAUGACAGUUGUCGAAAACAUUUCGAACGACACACUAAUUUUCCUUCAGACCCAUAAACGAAUUUGGCCGGCCACACAGAGAGAUUCCUUGUUUUGGUCGCACAUACGUAGAGUGUCGGAUGAUCAGGAUCCGGAUGCUCAUGAUCUUUGGAUCGUUUGCAACCACAGCACUGAACUUCCAGACUAUCCGGCAAACACCGGAAAGUGUGUCAGACUUUAUUUAUCAGUAUCAUUAGUCUGCCAAACUUUCAUUGAUCCACCGAAAGAAGGAGAACGAAUUAAGAGAGAGGAUAUUACUUGUAAAAUAACAUACUGCUCUGUGGUAAAUCCUGGUGGCUGGGCUCCAGCAUCUGUAUUGCGUGCUGUGUAUAAACGAGAAUAUCCAAAGUUCUUGAAACGCUUUACCAGUUUUUGCAUUGAUCAAUGCAAAGACAAACCUAUCGUAUUUUAAAGUGAAGUCAUCGAACUUCAUAGUUCUUUCUUUUUAACUCAAAGGAAUGCGCAUCCCAUGCGGUGUACGUUAGUUAAACUUCACAUGAAUGGCACACAUUUUUAAAUUUCCUGAAAGAAGGCGUCUUACACGCUCUCUAUUCCUGCGAAUAUAAUUAAUUUGUUAUUAUAUAAUUAAAUGAAUGGUACAGUAAUUGGAAUUGUACGUUAAAAGUCUGAGAGUCAGUGGAUAAACAGGUAGAGUUUGCAAAUUGAAUUAAUCCGAUAACAACGAAAACAACUGCACGAUGAUUUUUUGUAGGGAUUAUAUAUAUAUAAAUAUAUAUAUAUUGAAGCGUCUAUAAAUCUUUGUGCGCUCAUAAAAUUACUAUGUUCUGUAAUUCGAGGCGCAAUUUAAUUGUCAUUCUGAACGAAUCGCAAAUGGAAACACCGUGAUAUCCUUAUACUGAUAUUCCAUACCUAUUGUAAUAUCAGUUAAGUAAAUCAUAGAGAAGUGCUACCGGUAUCCAGUUGUACAAAUCUAAAUAUUAAACACAAUUAUUCAUUGUUACAUUAUGGCAAUUAUAUACACAAAUGUAUGAUAAUACAAAUUAUAUUCUUAUUUUUAUUUAUAUGAAGAUAUGUACGUUGAUGCGUAAAACACCACAAAAAAUAUGGAUCAUAAUAAAGACUGUUGUAGGUUUAUGCUAA